UCUAUCGUUUGCCAUAACGGGUGGGAACCUGAACUGAAGACUUUAGGUUCCUUUAUCUAAAGAAGACGCAAUGUAACAAACAUAACCUUAAAGCAAAAAGCAUGCAUGUGUGCUGGAAUAUCGAUAUCAAUUUCUAAACUCGAUAUAUUUCAAAGGUCGAUAUUCUCGAAGGUCGAAUCUCAUUUUUGUAAACAAGAAGAGGUGUAUCGCAAUCGCAUUGUUUGGUUAUGCUAUGCUUAGCUUCUUCUUGUAGUCUUCUAUCUAAUUAUUUUUGUUAGCUUCAAUAUUCACAGUCAUUUGAAUCAAAAGCGCUUGCUCAUUGUUUAAGAUAUUCUGUUUCUCAGUUGUCAGAAAGCUACACGUGUUCAGGAACGUUAAAUCUUUUAAUUUUUAAUUUAGAAUAAAGUUUUGAAUCUUGUUCAAAAUGUCUUCAAGUUUGUACACCACGGAUAAUCCCGUAUUUUCAGCUUAUCUUUUUUAUUGUGCAAUUUUGGUACUAAAAGUCUUGUUUAUGGCACCUUUAACUGCAAGAUAUCGAUUUGCUAAGAGGAUUUUCGCCAACCCUGAAGAUACAACUCUGACGCCUAAAUCCAAAGUCAAAUACGAUGAUUUGGACAUUGAAAGGGUUAGACGAGCGCACCUGAACGACCUUGAAAACAUUCCCGUGUUCAUGGUGGCAGCCCUACUGUACAUUGCUACCAACCCCUCCUACUUCCUGGCGGUCAACCUGUUCCGCAUCUUCACGAUCGCGCGCAUCAUUCACACGUUCGUGUACGCGAUCGUGGUCAUACCUCAGCCGGCGCGCGCACUCGCGUGGGGAGUUGGCUACGCCGCUACCAUCUAUCUGGCCUUGCAAGUUGUACUGUUCAGUCUCUGAAAACAUUGACUGAUUUCUCAAAUUUCAUUAAUUUUCAUCGAAAAACAAGGUUAUUCAAAAAAUGAGCCUUGCAACUUAUACUGUUCAGUCUCUGAAAACAUUGACUGAUAUCUCAAAUUUCAUCAUUUUUUAUCGAAAAACAAGGUUAUUCAAAAAAUUAGCCUUGCAAGUUGUACUGUUCAGUCUCUGAAAACAUUGGCUGAUUUCUCAAAUUUCAUUAAUUUUCAUCGAAAAACAAGGUUAUUCAAAAAAUGAGCCUUGCAAGAAGUUAUACUGUUCAGUUCAAUCUCUGAAAACAUUGACCGAUUCACUCCAUUUUCCACGCUAACAUCUAUCUAGCCGUGCAAGUUAUAGCCUACUAUUCAGUUUGAAACAUUCAGAGUUUCCUCAAACUCAAUUCAUUUUUAUCGAAAAACUUAGUUGUUACAAAAAAAAUGUGAUUCGAUUGAGGGAAUUUCUGCUCUUCGAAAGAACAUCUUUUUCCAUAAUUUUCUAGAGAUUGGCUAAGGGUGUAAUCACAUUAAAUGCGUAUAUGUGCAAGUACAUGUCACAUGAUCAUUGUGUCAUCUCAAGCAAGAAAACAAAAACAUCUGGAAAGUGCCAUUAAAACACGUUGUGACUUUGUAUGGUAUGAGAUGUGAAUUUAUCAUGAAUUUCAUUAUGAACAGUAUAUGAACGUGAAUUAUCGCUCAUCCAGUAUAGGAUUGUUCACCUGAUAAGAUUGAAUGAAAUUAUUGUGUUCUAUUAUACCAUUGAUAUUAUUACAUAUUUUCAAUCUUGCAUAAUUGUUAUUCAUUUGAAUUUCCACUCAUUAAUUCAUUUUGUUUGUAUCGAUUUUUGGUGUUAAUGUGCUCAAAUAAUUAUAUCUAUAUAAUAAUUGAACUGAAUUUGCGGGUUUGUGUAUGCUAUUUUUAAAGAAUAAAGUAUUUUUGAUAGAA